ACACGAUUGACCAUACCUCUAUACAAUUCAGUAUAUAAAUGGAAUGCAAAACAUUCCUUUUAGAUUUGCAGAGACAUGUUGAAAACCUCCCUAUUCAUUUUAUUUUUUCAGGUUUCGUAAUCCCGUGACAAUUGCUGCAAAACGAGAUGAGGAAAAUGACAGGUUCUGGAGGAAAAUUAACCAUCCUUCUGUUUGGAAAGGAAGGAGCUCCAAAGUGUUCAAUAGGAAAUCUGAUCCUAGGAGAAAAAGAUGGUUUUGAUGAUCAUACGGAACUAUGUGAGCGGAGAGAGAAUAAAUCAUAUGCUGUAAUCAACACCCCAGACAUGUUUGGAGAAGGCAAUCAUCCAGACCAGCAAAUUAUCGACUGUAUGGCACUUUCAUACCCCGGCCCUCAUAUAUCCCUGCUUGUGAUUCAAGAUGGGCAUGAUACACCAGAGGAGGUUAAACAGCAAGUUGUUCACCUACAAGAUACCUUUGGAGAAAAGAUUAGAGCAAACAUGAUAGUUAUGUUACCAUGCAGGGUUGACAUCGUUGCACUGAAACAUUAUAUCAAUCAAAACAUGAAAUAUCCCCUGGAAGUCUUGAACAAUUCUAAUGAUCUGCACAAAAAGUUACAAAUGGACCAUAAGUUCUUCAAGUACACCUACGAAAAAUACACUGAAGGUGUUGUACUAAAAAGAAAGGCAACACUGGUGGGAAACAGAAAGGCCCAAAAGAUGUAUAUUGACUAUGACAGUCAUCCUGGAAAAGAGUUCAGUGGAACAAGAUUCAGAGACCAAUCAAAACCCCAAGAUGAGAUGUAUAUUGACUAUGAUGGUCAUCCUGGAAAAGAGUUCAGUGGAACAAGAUUCAGAGACCAAUCAAAACCCCAAGAUGAGAGGUAUAUUGACUAUGACAGUCAUCCUGGAAAAGAGUUCAGUGGAACAAGAUUCAGAGACCAAUCAAAACCCCAAGAUGAGAGGUUCAGUGAUCCUGGCAGAUCUCAGGAUGGGCCGACAAGCGGAUCUGGAAACUCAAAGACUGGUAAAAGAAACUAUGAAAGCGAUCCCAGCAACAUUUUGAACAUUGUGCUACUGGGACAGACAGGAACUGGAAAGAGCAGAAGUGGAAACACAAUCCUGAGGAAAAACAUUUUCCCAUCAAGAGCAAGCUCUGUACCAGUUACAAAAGAGUGUCAGGUAGAAAAGAUGAACAUGGGAGGGACAGAGGUUAGGGUCAUUGAUACCCCAGAUUUCUUUGAUGAUUGUCUUGAACAGCCAAGCAAACACGUUGCGGAUUGCAUAAAGAGCUGUCAGACAGGGUUGAGUGUGUACUUACUGGUGAUUCAGAUUGGCCGAUUCACAGAUGGUGAACGAGAGAUCUUGAAACAAUUGGAAGGUGCCUUCACUGACUUGGGAAGAAUUAGAGAGAGCACAUGUGUCCUCUUUACUAAUGGAGAGGACCUCAAACAUAUGAGCCUUGACAUGUUCAUCAAUCAGGCUGACACUCACCUGAAAGAAAUAGUAAGCUGCUGUGGGAACACACAUGUGUUCAAAAACACAAAGACAGACUACCAGCAGGUGACAGAGCUGAUGGAGAAAAUAUACAAGUUACUGGGCGAUGAUCAAAUGUCUCGUGACUUUGAGGACUGGAAAACAAAACAUACAGAUGACAAGUGUACAGUGAGUUAACUUAGAUCCCAGAGACAAAACUGAAUUAAUGUCACCAAAUGAUUGUUUAAGUCACAUCAUUGUAUCAUCAGAAGAAUCUAAGACCGUGAUGCGAAACAAUUGAUCUAAAAUGUUCUAAAUUGCGAAUUAAUAUACAGGUGUAGGAUCUUAAUUUGACCACCCUUUUGCAGGAGAUAUUUCGUGCAAUGCAGGAACAUUUAAAAUGUGUAAUAUAUUUGAGGUUUUAAAAGUUUGUCAUUUCCACUUCUACAUUUCAGUCUUGGUUUUUCCUUUCGAAAAAUGAAUCAACGCCUUCAACCAUGUCCAUUAAUUAUAAUCCACAUGAUAAUUUACAUUUCCUAUUGCUUCUGGAUUUUUUCCUGCUGUAGAAACAGGCUCAAAUUAAGAUCCUACAUCUGUAUACUGUAUUUCAGCUGAAUGGCAUGAAGUGUUUUAUUUUACUUUCCAGUUAUUGAAUAUGGGUGACUGCAUCUGUAGUGUAGUUUAAGAUUUCCUUUUUGUAACUUCUGUCAGUUAUGUAGAUUUAUGGAUACUUAUUUGACCCAAAAUAGUUAGAACAUUUUUGUGACUUGAUUCACUGUUGUUUUAAGAACCUGUCAGAUCACAAACAAAUGUGUUUUUAAAUUUAGCGACUUUGAGAUUCUGUGCAAAAUGAAAAGUGGCAUAUAAAAUGAAUCAAUUAUUAUUACUAUUAUUAUUAAAAUGUGGCUUAUUUCCUUAUGAUGGACCACAAGAAUGUAACUGCAUACAUUCAAACAAUAGCUUACCUUCUGUGGAGUGGAUCAUAAAAUAUGUUGUGUUUUCUAAUGACAAUGACUUUUCUUUUUGACUUACAUUAUGUUGUGUUGUUAGUCACACAGGAGUCAUCUUGAUUUGUAACAUCAGGAAAUUAAAUGUUGGACUUAACUGUAAAAAUAAUUUACUGUGGUAAACCUUUGUAAAGUUGAGCAUAAAAAUAAACUAUGGAUUUGUAUACAAAUAA